AUUUUCCUAAAAUAUUUUUAUUUUAUUAUAUUCAAGUGAUAAAUAAUAAUUAAUGCCCAUCUAGAUUUUACAUUUUGCAUUUGGGGUGGAUGGUCCACACAACAACCGGCACUAUUUCACGUGCGAAUACACACGAGUCCCACCACCAAACACACCACGUGGUGGAGGGAGGCCACGCAUUUAUUCGCCACACAACACAAAUAUCUUCUUCCCCUCCCCUCUUCCGAUAAAUACCACCCACCUACUGGCUACUGCCAAAAUUCUCACACCCCACCAACAACACACAAAAAAUGGGAGUGGUGAUAAUAGACGGAUCCACGGUGCGAGACUUCGUUGGCAACGACGCCUUGUUCAAUAAGAGCGUCGACGACCGCUUCUCUGCCCUUGACCUCAACGGCGACGGCGUCCUCUCCCGCUCCGAGCUCCGCAAGGCCUUCGAGACCUUUAGGCUCUUGGAGGCCCACUUCGGCGUCGACGUCGUCACUCCUCCAGAGCAGCUCACCCAGCUCUACGACUCCAUUUUCGAUAAAUUCGACUGCGACCACAGCGACACCGUCGAUCUGGAGGAGUUCCGAUCUGAGAUGAAGAAGAUCAUGCUCGCUAUUGCUGAUGGUUUGGGUUCCUGCCCCAUUCAGAUGGCUCUUGAGGACGAUGAUCAGAAUUUCCUCAAGAAGGCUGCGGAUUUCGAGGCCUCUAAGACUUCUUCCUGAACAACCACCCACCCUCAUGUCCUACCUCAUCUUUACUGCUGUAAUUUAGGGUUCCUUUUCCUUUAUUUUGUAAUCAAAACCUUUUGAUGAGGCUAUCUCAAUGUCAAAAAUCCAUUUCCCCCCA